AUGUCACGUACUCAACAAAAACUAUGGUUACAAAGACAAUAUUAUCAGGAAGAUAAUGAAAAUUGUUUGAAACACCCUAAAAAUCAAGCAAAAUUAACCAAAGUGACAGAAAGAAUUAAUAGAGAACAUGGAGCUAUUACAUUGUAUAGAGAUCCAAUGAUUGAAAGUUUACAUAGAGUUUUUAACAGAUAUGCUCAAGAACAUCCGGAAGUUCUAGAGGAUGAUUUUGGAGUAGGAUAUGAAGAUGCAAAAGAAUGGCACUUGGUUUCUGAUUGUGGGAAAAAUUUGGAUAAUUCUGCACAUUCUAUUUUAAGUGUAGAAACUUUAACAACGGCUGAUCCAGCUAACAACAACACUUCUCAAAAUUUAAGAUAA